AUGUUAAAUGCUAGUGAGUCAACUGGUAGAAGGUCCUCCAUUUUUAAUCCAUGUGGACAACUUGGACUAAUCUGCGACGGCAAGGCCUUUUGUUUAAAUAACCUGGGAAAAACAUCAUUUAUCACAGUUUCAACAUUAAAUCAAUUUAUUGUGUAUGAUUCACUAAGCUUAAAAGUCUGUUUUAUAUCACUUCCACUUAAAUCUAACGUAAAAUCCAUCGCAACCAGAUACGAAAACGUAUUUUUGGUAUUAAACGAUGAAUCCAUACACUCGUUUCACAAAUAUGAUCACAGAGAAAUAUUCCACGAACAUAAAUCGAAUAUUAUUUCAAUUUUUUUCCACGAUGAUAUAUUAGUCACCUAUAGCAGUUCUGAGUUAAUAACGUAUACCAAGGAGGAAAUAAAUGAUGGGAAUUCUAGCUCUAAAUGGAAGCAGGAGAACGUAGUUCCUCUGGGCCCCUCGGAGAUUAAAACGGUUCUGCCUCUGAAAGGAUUUGGCAAUAAGGUUCUGGUUGGAUUUUCCGAUUCAACACUGAUCCUGCUGAACCUGAAAUCGUCUAAAGUAGUCCACACAUUUAAGUUUGAGGUUGAAAACUCAAAGUGCGACUCCAAAAGGAUGGCCGAGGGCAUAAGCGUAAUGUCGCAAUCCUGUAGCGGAUCAUCAGGAGCGGUGGCAGUGGGCUACAGGUGCGGCUACGUCGGCGUGGUUGACAUCAACAAGGACCAGCCCCUCGGAGGAUUUAAGCUUAGCGCUAAGCAAGGAGAGCCCACAUCAAUGCGCUUCGUGUACGACAAGCUUAACACGGCCUCGAAAUCGAGUCAUUUGUCAGCAGUAGCUGAGUUGAUAGUCGUUGGCACGAGUAGCGGAGACCUGAUAGUGUUCGACCUUAACAGCUUUAGCAUCAUCUCCUGCAUAGAGUCGGCGCACAUGAGCGCUGUAAGCGAAAUCAUGUACAUCGAGACGCAUAACAACUUGGUUUCACUAGGGGACAACAGCAUGAUUGUCUGGAACAUGGACUCGGAGAAGUCGUUCCUUCGACUGCUGAAAAGCAGAGUUGGUCUGGUGGGAACUAUCAACAUGAUGAGAGCAUACGACACUGAGCAGCACGACGUCCUGGUUUCAAGUUCGUUCAAGGAGCAGGGGCACCUGGGCAAAAUAUCGACGAUUCAGCAGCAGCAGUCUACGAGCUUUUCAACGAAGGCCUCCAAGGCUCCCCUGAAAGUGAUCACUGGGCUGUCGUGCUCGUACCAAAGGCACUACGACUGGCCUAACAUCAUCACGUGUCACCGUAACGCGCACGACGUGCGCGUCUGGAGCGGGUUCCGGGGAGCUUUAAUCGACAAGGUUUUGCGCGUCGACGGGCUGAAGUCGGCCGCAACAGCAGUAUGCAUGACGAGGUGCGGCAACUACGCAAUCGUAGGCUACGCAAACGGGCAGAUUCACGUGUUCACGCUCCAGAACUGCAACCACGACAGUGAGCUCGUGAGGACUGUGGACGGCCAGGCGUCGCCGGCCCACAGGUCAAGGGUCAUUGAUAUAUCGCUCGUAGGGAACUCGAAGUUGCUAUCCGUUUCAGAUUCAAAACAGGAUCGCUCAGUUCGCGUCUGGGACGUCAUGAAGCUGAAAAUGGAGUUUGAAUAUGACCCUGAGUUGCCCCAAGGUUGCUCGGCCUACAUGGCAGGAUCGGGAAACUUUCUGACAGCCCUGGCCUGCACGAAUAACCAAAUCUACAUACUGGACGUUUUUGGGAAGAUGGUAAUUCGUCAACUAAGUUAUCAAGCCGAAGUCACCUCAAUGAGCUUUCAAAUUAACGACAACUGGUUUAUGGCGUCUUUUGGGGACUCGACCAUGGUUGUUUACGACAUACUGUCGGAUUGCUACGUCGACUACGUUAAGUUUUCUGGUACCAUACUGGAUUUGAAAAUGGACCGCACGUCAUCGUUUCUGCUGGUUUCAAAUGAGAGGGCGCCGGGGAUGAUAGUACAGUACUCGAAUAGGCACUCCUUUGAGCUCUUCCCGAAAACAAUACUAUACAGAGACAUACCGUCAGUGCCGGUACAAAUCGACGUCUCCUCGGAGUUGAGCUUGGAGCACGAGGCCACACAGGAAGUGGUUAAGCACGACUUCGAGUCCCAGAAAACGCAAAUCGAGGAGGGAAUGAUCACGCUGUCGGGACUAAGCUCAAACGAGCUGCACAACAUUCUAUUUUUGGACGAGAUUAAGAGAAUAAGCAGGCCAGUAGAGCCGGUCAAAUCGAAGGACGAGGCGCCGUUUUUCAUUCCGACGACCUACAAGGACGGACAACUUGUGUUCGUAGAGCCUGAGCCAGAAAAAAUUGAGCACGAGGCCCCCAAACCGUCCAUUUUAAAAUCAUCCUCUGUAACGACGGCAUUUGAAGACAUAAUGAACUCAGACUCUGAUGAAUCCGAUAAGUAUAAGGAAAUGCUGAGCUACUUGUUAAAACAAUCGGCAUCUGGAGUCCACUUAUCCCUGUCGCUACUUUCGGAGACAAAAAUGGACGAGAAUUUGGACAAACUCAUCGGAUUCUUCCUGUAUCACGUUGAAAGGAAGACGGACGCGGAUGCCUUGCAAGUGUUUUUGCACGUGUUCUUGAGAUUCCACGCCGAAAGGAUUUCAAAGAUUCAGAACGUUAAAACGAAGGAGAAAAUCAGGUGCCUGAUAUCGCAUCUUAAGGGCGACUAUACCACUUUACAGAGCAGCUUCGAUAGGAUAUCCUGUUAUAUCAAGCUGUUAACACACUUGCAAACGGACUGA